UUAGCACAUGAACCAUUCACAAGAUUAAUUUUACGAGACAACCCCGUCUCCUCCGACAGAACAAUCCGCACUUACGCCAUCAACCCCUGCAAGUAUUCACCGGCCACCAAAACGGCAUCUCCGCGUCGCCUUCUCCUCAAAACCCUGAAGCUCUGGGACGUCGAAACCGGCUCCCUGAUCAAGACCUUCUGCGUCAACUUCACUCCGCAGUCGAACAUGAUCGCCUCUGGCUCCUUCGACGAGACCGUUCGGAUCUGGGAUGUGAAAACGGGAAAGUGCUUGAGUUCCGAUCCCAUCACCGCCGUGGAUUUCAAUCGCGACGGGUCGCUUAUCGUUUCGAGUGUGAAGACGCUGAUCGAUGAUGAGAAUCCUCCUGUCUCCUUUGUUGGCACCCUCGAUAACACCCUGAGGUUGUGGAACAAUCUUCUGCCAAAUUGGACUAAAACAUACACUGGCCACGCCAACUCUCACUACUCCGUUUCCUCUGCCUUCUCCAUCAAAUGGAAGCUGAACUCCAGGAAGUUGCUUCAGAAACUUGAGGGUCAUACUGAGCCUGUCAUGAGCGUGGCUUGCCAUCCGACAGACAACUUGAUCGCAUCUGGCUCGCUCGACAAGUCUAUAAGACUUUGGACACAGAAGAAAUAAUGAAACAGUGAUAGAUUGAUUCUAGCUUCGUUAUUUCAAAACCAGUCCAUGUAAACAUAACUUCCUUAACAUGUUUGUAAUCGUCCAGUGUUCACUUUCUUAGUUUAGUCUUGUUUUAUUGAUUCUAGCUUCCUCAAUUCAUUAUCUUUUUUUUUUUUUGUGCGACACAACUUUGUAGGUAGGCUUAAGACAUAAUUCUUCUUAGUUACUGUUUUACCUUUUCUUUUCAUUGUAUUCAUCAAUCUAUUGUCAAGCGCCUUUGUGUUCCUACGAUAUUAACGGUUUUCAAGUA